AUGAGCACCCUUGAAACCUUCAAGGUUGCUGAUAAAGGGAAGUCUUUCAACUUUUGUGCUCUGCCCCAGGAUGCAGUCUACUUUUCUCGCGAGUGCGAGUCUCUCGAAGCGGAGCUGAGCCGUAUCCUCGAUUCGGGAGGUCGCCGGGUUCUUGCCAACUUUAUAGCCUUCUCCUCCGCCAAACUAUCACCUGGAGAGAUGCAGGAGGCCUCUCCAUACCCAAGCAAGCCGCCGAUUACCGCCAGGGGUCGUUGCAGCAACUGCAGAGCAUCCGAAGCGGAGAGAGAUGCUGCACAUGCCGUACGUUCACGGAAGGGCUCUUCAGAGCUCGCUUUUAUAUGCCCUGCUUGGAAUCCGCCUCAGGCGGCUUGCAUCUCCUGCUACAAGCUUGAAGGCCUCUGCGCAUUCUUGGAGACGCAUGCGGAGCGCAUCCAGGCGGCAGCCCAGGACUAUGCAUGGGCAACAGAAGCAGGGGGGGGGGCAAGAACCCUUCCCCAACAAACAGGGUCGCAGGCAGAAACUGAAGGCUGCGACACAAUUGGGCAGAAACCUUGUGUGUGUUGCAUUCCCCGAUUUCUAACGCUUUCAGCCUCCCCCUUUCUGUUGCAGGCACUAUAUUCGGCGAAUACCAGUCGUUCUGGAGUGUCUGUACACCUCGCACGGAGGCCCCGUGCACCUGCGGCGGCAGGGUCUUCUCAGGGGCCCCAGCAGCGGGCUCUCAGUUUGUGUGGACCCCUUGCCUCUAACGCAGGAAAGCCAAACGAAGGCAGCAGUAACAGCAGCAGGCGAGGCCCCCGGGUGAGAAGGGCAGAGACAGAAUCCAUGGUUGCUGCCUACUCACGAGAGCCUGCAAAAACCACCGCAGCACCCCCCUUGGUGUCUGCCACACCAACACCCGCAAGGGACCAUAUCAGCGCGCAUCGCCCCUCUCCGGGUCACUCAUCUCCUGCCUGUUCGCCUGCUUCGAGUCCACCGCAACCGCUGACGGCAGCUUUAUCGCUGCUGACUGCGCCCCUUGCCCAGUGCGGGGCGGUGCGAGGGUGA